AUGCCCGAGACUGACACAAGAGCCCUCGACCCGUUAUCUCAAACAAACUUUAACUUACACAAGUCGCACGCAGAUUUCCAAUGGCUGCUGGGACCCGGCCCCCUGCGGAAACUGCUCUCGUUAGCUCUCAUUACCCGCUUCCUGCGAGCGCAGGGCUGGCGGCGGACGGAGGACGAGCUCCGCAGCGCGGAGGCAGCUGUGGGUGCCAGUACCCCAGAGAAGAGGAGCCCUCAAGAGCUGCCCCGGCCAGGAACGGAGACGGCAUCAAUGUGGGUGGAUGCCGUCUCCCUGCGGAGCUUCGGCCGCCGCAAGUCCUGGCUGGUGCCCACGCAGUACAUCCUGGGGCUCUUCAUGAUCUACAUGUCCACCCAGGUGGACCUGCUGCUGGGCGACGGGGAGGGCCGGGGCCCCAACGUGGUGGCCCUCACUGGGACUUUCUUCUUCUUUGAGUUCCUGGCGGCGACGCAGGACAUCGCGGUGGACGGCUGGGCCCUGACCAUGUUGUCCAGGGAGAACGUGGGCUACGCCUCCACCUGCAACUCCGUGGGCCAGACGGCCGGCUACUUCCUGGGCAAUGUCCUCUUCCUGGCCCUCGAGUCGGCCUCCUUCUGCAACAAGUACCUGCGGUUCCAGCCCCAGCCCCAGGGGAUUGUUACCCUCUCAGAUUUCCUGUUUUUCUGGGGAGCUGUCUUUUUAAUUACCACUACACUGGUUGCCCUUUUGAAAAAAGAGAACAAGGAACUAACGCCAACAAAAGAAGAAACAAAAGGCAUCACUGAUACAUACAGGCUGCUAUUCUCAAUAAUCAAGAUGCCGGCAGUUCUUACGUUCUGUCUCUUGAUUCUCACAGCAAAAAUUGGCUUUUCGGCAGCAGAUGCUGUAACGGGACUCAAACUGGUGGAAGAGGGAGUCCCGAAAGAGCACUUAGCUCUGCUAGCGGUUCCAAUGGUUCCCUUACAGAUAAUACUGCCUCUGAUUAUCAGCAAAUACACAGCAGGCCCCCAGCCACUGAACACGUUUUACAAAGCUAUGCCUUUCAGAUUACUGCUUGGUCUGGAAUUUGCUUUUUUGGUAUGGUGGACUCCUACAGUAAAACAUGAAGGAGGAUUUCCUGUCUACUACUAUGUUGUAGUAUUGUUGAGUUAUGCUUUACAUCAGAUCACGCUGUAUAGCAUGUAUGUUGCAAUAAUGGCUUUCAACGCCAAGGUCAGCGACCCGCUGAUUGGAGGGACCUACAUGACACUCCUAAAUACUGUGUCGAAUCUGGGAGGGAACUGGCCUUCCACCGUUGCACUCUGGCUUGUGGACCCACUCACGGUGAAAGAGUGUGCAGGAGCCCAGGAACAGUCCUGUGGAACUACAGUUGCGGCAGAACUCUGCACAAAAGCUGGCGGUUCCUGUGUUACUACCUUGGACGGUUACUACGUGGAGUCUGUCAUCUGUGUCAUUCUGGGAUUUGGCUGGUGGUUCCUGCUUGGGCCAAAAUUUAAAAAGCUGCAGGAUGAAGGACAGUCUUCGUGGAAGUGCAAGAGGACCAAUUGAUGCAGUUUAAAUAUUCAUGGACUAGCAAGGUCAUUUUAGUUUUACUACAAGGACAUAUCCCAUAAUCAAUAAACAGGAAUAUAGGUAUUUUUAAAGGCCACGUCACUGAAAAAAUGGGUGGCUGAGACAGUGGUAUGUUUGUAUGUGAUACCACUUGCCUUCCCAAUAUCAAAUGUAAGUUCAGAAAGUAAUCAUUAAAAAACGGCACCUAUGUACUACAUACCUGUCCCCGAGCUCCAGCUUCAGAGCCGUGGCCGCUGGUGCCGCCAGCGUCUGGAUUUCCAUAUAGCAACUAUGGAAAAGCUAAUUGUGCCAUGUCUGUCGAAACAGCAGCAUUGUCAGCUAAGUUCCAGCUCUUUAUUUUCAAACA